GGUUCUGAUUUAUGACCUCAAGGAAGAGAGUGAUCAUUUACUUUUCCACUAGCCUCUGAUCAGCCACCUUUAAGCCGUCAAGAUGCCUAUGUCUUCUCUUCCAGCAGCUAUUUUGUCUCACAUGAUAGCUAUUAACAAUGUGCCUCCUCCUCCGAUCCGCAAUAUACCAAACUUGAAAAUAUCUAAGCACAUUAAUUACAGUCACUUGAAUGCACUAUGCUAUAUUAGAGGACUACAACGGCGUGGGAGUAUUUACGAUACCUUACCGGCUCACGAGGUAUUUAUGAAGCAAUAUCCUAAAAUAUUUCUGCGCAAAAAAACCAGACUGCCUAAACUUUUCAAAGAGGAGGAACAAAGAAAAGCCGAUAAAGACACAGAAGAAAGUCUAAGCCAAGAACCUGGUGAAUCUCACAAUAUAGCUGACCAUCUUAAAAAAGCACAUGGUGGCCUUACUUUAGAUGAACGGAAACAAUUCAUGGAGAAUCUGGUAGCGUUCCUAGCUAUCAUAAAAAAAUUGCCUAUUCACAGGACGCCACAUGAACAUAAAACUGUGCUGAAGAUGCUGAAAACAAUUCCAGAUUUAACCUCUCAGCUAAGCUAUGAGCAUCUGAAAACACUUAGUAAGAAUGUCAUUUCUGAAACCUGGGUGAAAGGCAGCACAGUGAUUGCAAAUGAUGGAUUUUAUAUAAUACUGAAAGGCUCAGCUCAAAUUCAAAUAAAUGUGCAGAAAAAUAUGCUUGAAGAAGAUGACUCAACAACCUCUUUGAUAUCUCAGAAUUUCUAUAACACUAAUUUUAAAGAAGACUUGAGAAACUCUGUACGUGCUGAAAUGAACCUACCUUUACCUGGCUUAAUGCUUAAAAGAUGGAGCACCUUUGGAUCCCUGGAAAUUAAACCCGCGAUUGAAGCGCAGGAGUUCUCAGUGCUGACAUUAGAUGAUUGUGAAAUGAUUAAAAUCCCUGCAAAUGAUUAUAAAAAAUUAAAAUCGGAAAAAAGAAAACUUGAAAAUAUACGAAAGUUGAAAUUAAUUCGUAAGUGUCCUUUUUAUGAGGAAUGGCCUACUUUAUCCAUAUAUGAGCUAACUGCUCUCAUUAAAUGGAAAAAAUUUCCUCCAGGUCAUGUGAUAGUGGAAAGUGGAAAUGUAAUUUCUUUUGUGGGUUAUGUUAAUUCUGGAUAUUGUAACAUUUAUAGAACUAUUAUAGGAUUUAUGAAACUACAACCAAAAAAAGUGAAAAAACGUCAAAAAUGUGUUUAUAUGGGUGAACUUAAAGAGAGAGAGUCCUUUGGUGAGAUUAGUGUUCUUCUUCAAGUUCCUUUCACAUGCACAAUCAUUGCUGGAAAAGAAGUUGAAUUGGCAAUUAUUGAAGAUAAAGACAUACUUGAACUAGACCCAGUGACCAAGCAACUUAUGCUCCAAACAGCUAAACCAACUUUUGGCCAUCUGACAGAUGAGGAGGUCAAAACUAAAUAUUUGCAAAAGGAACAACAAAAGGAAUGGAAACAAUUCAAGGAUAAGACAGUAAGAAAGUCCCUGUAUUAUAAUGGCAUUAUUCCAGGCAUUGGAAAAUGGCAGCAUCACUGGACCAGCAUUCCCAGGAACCUCAAGGAUUCUCUAGUUGAAUAUUAUUAAAGUUACCAGCUCAAAAGAAGCUGGGAAUUUCAGCAUGGA